CUCGUGGCUGUCCACCUCUUUCCUCUCUCUCUCUCUCUCUCUCCGAUCCGCCAUAGUUCUCACCGCAGAUUCAGAAUCUUUCUCUCUCUGAACUGCGAUGGCGGAGGCCUCGGCGGCGGCUCUGUGCUUCACGACCUUCUCUCCGUUCCCGUCCGCCUCUCGCGCCGACGAAGUCCCUUCGCCUUCCAUCCGGAGACUCCCCUUCCUCCGCCGCAGUCCGCCUCAUUCCUCUCGCGUCCUCCGGUUGCCGCCGAGGGCUUCUUCUUCUUCGUCGUCUUCCGAUUCCGGGGACUUCUUCGGCGACGACUCCUUCGGUUUCUUCCCCUGGGCCGACGGCGAUUCCGAUAUUCAAUGGGUUCCUGAGGAGAGAGUUACAUUGUUCACUGCUGAUGGACUCGUUCAGAUUGGAGGUUCUAUGGUUCCUCGACGCAUUAAUUCUGAUAAGAGGCAAGGUAAAUCAAACACUUCUCAGAGAUUCCAACGCUUUCAAGAAAGUGAUUACAUGGAUCCAGAGCAAGGCCUGUGUCUGGGCGCUUUAUUCGAUAUUGCAGCUACAAAUGGUCUUGAUAUGGGCAGAAGGCUUUGCAUCUUGGGGUUCUGUCGUUCCAUUGAAAUGUUAAGUGAUGUUGUUGAAGAUGCUGUCAUUGAACAUGGUGGAGAGGUUGUCGUGGCAGAAAAGGCAAUCAAAGGAGGCUUGCAUGAGAAAUUGACGAUGACGGUCGCGGUCCCGUUGCUCUGGGGAGUUCCUCCCGCUUCUGAGAGGCUUCACCUUGCAGUUCGGAGCGGUGGAGGGAUCGUCGAGAAGGUUUAUUGGCAGUGGGAUUUCUGUUGAAUUAUGUGGAAGUCCCCUACCGUGGUUUAACCCAAUUCGUGCAAUUGUACAUAACCGGGUUGUAUAUCUGUGUACAAAAUUCAAUUCUCAGUCACAUUACAUCACCUUCUCAUAUGAGGAAAUGAUUUCUCUGGUUGGUCCACGCAUGUCCUGUGGUGACAGAACUUCCUGUUCCUCACCAAAAACAUGAGGACACCAAGAAAAGCACAUGAAUGGUUUCUGAAUAUGGAACAGAGCUUCAUAAACUACUGGUAAUAUUAUCGCGAAUGAGCUCGA